AUGUGCGCCGUUGCUGUCUGCUCUCCUUGCAUGUCUGUUCAAUACAUUAUGCUUCGCAAUCGUCCAUCGAGAGUCCCUCUUGGAAUGGCUGAUGUCAAUCAGGUGGAGCAACGCCUAGAGCUCAAGCAGGCUUCGCAUCCCCUUGUUGCCCAGACUGACUGGGCCUAUAUCCAUCACCAACAACAGAAUACCCGCACUCCGCCACAGCCCCACUACAACCUUGGUGAAGACGCUCAAAGAUCGAGGGAUGCGAGCCUCGUUCAGCUUGAUCCAAACCGCCAUGUUCCGCAGUUUGCCGUCUACGAGUCAAUUGACUCUGCUGAAGACAGUGAUUCUGACGACACCGCCUCUACAGCUUUCAGGUCCGUUGCUCGGGUUGUCCAUAUAGCAGAGGUCAGUCCCAUCAUCACUCAAGUAUCUGGCUACGAUCCUCCUGCUCUUGUGACCAUCGACCCUGAGCCACGGCCAACACAAGGCCAUCACCGUUUUGGAACGACCGACGGUUAUCGCCAUCAUCCGAACAACCUCCUUGCACCUGUCAGAUCUCGCUACAGCCUAGAUACUCGUGCUGGCUAUCCACAUCAGCCUUCUCGACAAGCUCCCAGUCACAUUCCUCAAAGAGACUCCGAUCCAAGGACGACGACUAUUUCUCGAAGAGGACAGAAUCCAAACGCUGUCUCUUUUGCUCCUCGCGAACAUCUUGGUUCUCCCUUUCAGGAAGUUGAUCCUCAGCACCGGGCCAAUAUCGCCUCUGUAUAUCGUCGAGGAGGGACACUCAGGACAAGGCCGUCUAUGUCCGGUAGUGCUACAGUCGGUCGUGGUGGAAUGAAUUAUCAAACAAGGCCUAGGCCGAUGCCGCGCCCUCGAGGAUCGUUGAUGCCUAGAAGGCCAUCAGUCAGGGCAGCUCGUCGGACCGGCGGCCAUCUGAGACCACCAGCUGCAUCCUCGAUAGACUCAGUCAUGGACCGUUAUCCCAUUUUCCCCUCACUGGCCGGUCAAUCCGAUUCAUCAAGACCGGACAGCCUAUUCAUUCCACAACGCGAACGCAUACCUCAGAGAAGAGGCAUUCUCGCUCCACCGAGGGAAUUGAGGAUCAACAAUACGCCGCAUCCUCCAUCUUGGCUCUCAUCAGCUACGAAAUCUCAACACUCCGUAUCAUCUCGAGCCUCUGGCAGCAGCUUCUCCGAUACGCCCAUGCUUUCCGCCCCCAACGAGGCUUCAAGACAUGGUUCCAUUGGCGCUAGAAGCUGGGAUGGUCAUGGGAUCAUCAAUGUAGGCAGUGUCCGCUCCUCCUAUGCUGGUAGCCGAAUUUCCCUGCUUAGUGGAAGUGUUGGAAACCAGAGUAGCGGACUCCCCCCAUCGCACUCACCCCUGGAUCUACUGACUCAAGCGUUGCGGCGGUUGUCUACGGAUCAAUCAGCGAGAUCACAAUCUUCGUUAGAGUGUGCCUCUGGCGCGACAUCCACAGACGGGCGUCUCUUGAGUGGCAGUGUGUUUUACUCAGACUCUGACGAGGAGAUUGGUGAGGGCGAGACUAGGUCCCCGAACUACAGUCGUCAAAUGUCGUCGCAUACCGACGGGCAAAGUAUCGAUGAACGAGAACGCGACUUUGAUCGCAAGCCUCUGCGUCACCUCGGGAUAGCGGCACGAAUCGUAGAUGUAGAGGCUGAUUGUCAGAGCGGAACAAUCAGACCAUUCUCGACGUCGCCAUCUAACCAGUCUCUGAACUCAAACCCUAGGAUUGACACCGCCCUGGUAAACAGUUCGCCCCCUGGAGAUUUGCCUGACCUUCCACAAAGCACUCCAGGUCAACAGCUGGCGCGGCCAAUAAGAGCUGCUCACGCGCCUGGUCCCAGCCUUCGACCUCACGCAACUCCAAAGGUGAGAGUCUAUGAUGAUGAGCAGCCAGCUAGCCUGCAACCUCAGACGCCCGCAGACCUCCGCCAUCGAUUCAAACCCAGUACCGACACUGUGGCGCCUGCCACUUGUGAAACAGUACGUACUCAUGCCAGGAGCUCGGCCACGGAACAGUCGCUUCUGGUCCCACCUCGAAACGCUCAUCGCAACACAUACCCUGCGUUCCAACAGCCUAGCCCACAGCCGUACACGACGAACUCGCAACCGUCUAGUCCCUACUCACCCAACCUCGACCUGAGGAAUGCUGCUGCUAUCAGUGCGGUCCAAAGAAGACGCACAGCUCGAGCGGUGUCCAACGAAAAUGUCAUCGAUCCAAUCACAAAUGGUAUGGAAGCAGAGAGGGAGGCGUUCUUGAGACGUAUGAGACCAGAUGAGGGCAGAUAUGAGCGAUACAUAUCGUGA